UUAUAAUAUUUUUAAAGAAUGCACCCAAUUUUGAGCAAGAACUUUUCAGUGAGUUACCAAGAAAACAAAUGAAGAAAUCUUCAGCCGACAGGAAAAUACCCAAAAGCCAUUGAUCUUCCAAUUUUAUUUCUUAAUGAGAAUACGGUACCCUUACCAGUACUCCAGCCUCCGUUAAAUUUUUAUAAUAGCCAGCAAAGUCAUACUGUAAAUUCGGAUAUAAGAGGAUUCUUAGAGCUCAAUGAUUUAAGAGCCAAUGGAGUCAAAGCUAAGGAUAUUCCUAUUGAGCAGCCAAUUGCAAACCCCAAAGCUAUCCUAGAUGUGGAAAUUCCAAUUGAAGGUCCGAUAUCAGGUUCUGAUAAAACUUCUUGAAAUAUCUCUAAUCCAGACUGAAUUGUUUUUGAAAUAAAACCACCCUCAAAACUCUCUGAGAAGAUUCUAGAGAAGAAUGCCGUAAGUGGUGAGCCUAGUAUUGUUUCAACUGAUGAGUCAAAAAGUCCUACGAAAGACGAGCCAAAGAAAGUUAAUUUGGCAGAAGAUAAUUCUGAAAUUUUAAAGCCUUACCUACAUUCAGUUACUUUUGAGUCCAGUAAAGGACCUCGGAGGAGGAAAAGAACUAUAUACUGCAAAUAUCCUGAAUGAGAUAAGGUAUUUUUCAAAACUUGGAAUUUCGUUGAUCAUGCAAGAAUGCACUUAGGGAUCAAGCCAUACGAAUGCAAACGCUGAGACGAGAAAUUUACUCAAAAAGGUAAUCUCAAGAAACACCUCAAGAAGUAUCACAAACAUAAAUAA